AUGGACUCGAGUGGUAUCGGUGAAAUGGCAUUCGCCUCUGAAACUUUUCUGGUCGCCGUCGAUGGCGAAGACGACUACCGCAGUUCCACAAAGGUUUCCUGUCGUUGGCGGUUCAAACCGAUAGUUGAGACACCACACUUCUUUCAAAGUCUUGAUCUGUUCUUGACAAUUACCUCCACGUAUUCUACCGACGAUGGUCAGAUUCCGUCCGCCGCAGGCACCGCCCUCGAGCAGCUUGUCCACACGGUCCUAGCAUCCCGCGACAAGUUUGAAGUGGCAACGAAGUUGAUACUGGUUCCCCAUGGUGGGUAUCCCUGCAGGAGCGAUAUCCUCAACUUGAGGCUGCGAGAUUCGGACUAUGUGGACUCUGUUAUUCCGUUCUCUUGUCCGGAUGAUGGCUUUUCGCCGAUUCCAGCUCAAGCAGACGACUCUCUCAUGGCUCUUUUGCCUUCUUCCCCCGGGGCAUUCCUUCUGAAGCAGAUCCCAUCAUUGCCCCAGGAGCUGGUAGAGGAAGACCUAAGACUUCGACUCUCUUUCGAUUGGAUACUUCCAACUAAGCCUAUCCGACGCAAAAUCGCCAUGGUAGGUGGGCGUCCGGCGUUCGACAUCGCCAAAGGAUCAUUCGGUCACCAGGGAGCAUACGAGGCCACUAAAGCUCUUGAUAUCUCCAUGACUAUCAUUGAUCACCCGGGGCAUUGGCUCCAAGAUGAGGCAUACUCUUACAUCCGGGAUGGCUUCAUUCCCAUUGAUGUGACCGACGAUGCGGAGCUACCUCGUAGGAUUGCCGAGGCCGUGGAAGGAAAAGGAUUUGAUGGUCUUCUGACAUUGUCAGACGAGUUUGUUCUGCCGACUGUGAAAGCAGCCGAGAUAUUAGGUCUUCCAACCGAGCCUAUCGCUUCAUACCUGCAGGCUCAUAACAAGUACGAGGCACGGCAACUACUCAGUCCAAAUAUCCAGAGCCUGCUCUUGGACAGUGUAGCCCAACUGGAUGAACCUUUCGUAGCCACACAGCUUCAGACUUUUGAGUACCCUUUGAUUGUAAAGCCAUGUCAGGGUGGUGGCUCCCGGGGGGUUAAGAAAGCCAAAGACCCUUCGAGCCUCCGUCAGGCCGUACAAACAUUGGAAGAGACUGGGCUUACGAAACAUGGGGUUUUGAUCGAAACCUACGUCGAUGGCCCAGAGGUAGAUGCCAAUUUUGUGCUUUGGGACGGAGAACUUCUCUUCUGUGAGAUAUCGGAUAACUUCCCAUGUCAAGCAGACGCAAUAGAUGCUUCUGUGGCCGACAAUUUUGCCGAGACAGUGAUGAUCCUACCCAGUCGUUUGGACCCUGCAGAGUUACAGGCCAUUGAAUCAUCCCUGUAUCAAGGACUUCUCAAGCUAGGAUUUCGCUCGGGCGUCUUUCACCUCGAAGCUCGAGUGAAGAAUUCUCCCAUGCGGUACCAAGAGACCGACGGUUUCGUCGAACUUACACACACGGGGUCAACUGCGAGCUGCAAGCCGGAGGUAGUUCUUAUCGAGGUCAAUGCCAGGCCUCCCGGUCUCCAGGCCGUUUUUGCGGUCGCGUACACCUUCGGAGUAGACUAUAGUGCUCUCCAGAUCCUUCGGGCUCUCGACGAUCAUGAACGCUUCGCCGCUCUAGCUCAGCCUUUCAGCUCUCAUAAUCAGUACAAUUGCGAGAUCUUCUUUGUCCCUGUGCAUCGCGAAAACAUCCGGGUCCCCGACGAUUUUUGCGAGCGAGUACUUCAACAGCUACCGGAAAUCGCGCCCUAUGUGACUAGAGCUGAACGGACCGCGUUAAAGAAAGUCGUGUCACCAGUGGGAGGCACUGGUUUUAUCGCUUAUUUUCUCAUCUGGUCCAGAACAAGUAGAAAGGAAAUCUUGGAUAUAGGUGAACGUAUCCAGGACGUCGCGAGAAUAGUGUUAGAUGGUGUUUAG